CAUCCUGGGCAACAGACCAAGUCACCAAACCACUCGGCGCUUUCUCGCACUCGUAGAAGCAGCAGCUAGCACAGCAGCUCUACCAGUGGGCCAAGGAUCCCAGAUCUUUUCGCCAAGGCGAGCGUGGCAGCUCUCUCGUCUGAUCAUCGAUCUCCCGGGUUGAGGAGGAGGCGGGCAACGGGCAUGGAGGAAGCGGGGAGUGGGAGGUGCGGCGUGCUCAAGGUGGUGGUGGCGCGCGGUUGGAACCUCGCCGUCCGGGACUUCACCUCCAGUGACCCCUACGUCAUCGUUCGCAUCGCAGACAUGACUGCAAAGACAAAAGUCAUCAACAGUUGCCUAAAUCCAGUUUGGAAUGAAGAGAUGGCAUUCUCUAUGAAAGAACCAGUAGGAGUCAUCAAAUUUGAGGUGUUCGACUGGGACCGGUUCAAGUACGACGACAAGAUGGGCCACGCGUUUCUGGACCUGCUGCCGGUGGCGGCUGCGACGAAGCUGCGGCGGGCGCUGCGGCUCACGGUGGGGGAGACCAAGCUCCGGAAGGUGGCCCCUGACGCCGACAACUGCCUGCUCUCCGACAGCUUCGUGACGUACGCCGACGGUGAGGUCGCGCUGGACGCCAGGCUGCGGCUGCGCAACGUCGAGUCCGGCGAGCUGUUCGUCACCGUCAAGUGGAUCGAAGCUGACAACGCCAAGUGACAAUAGCUCAGCAAGGCAGAAGGAUCGAUCACUAGCACGUAGAUGAGAUGAGAUAACCGUGGUGAUAGGAAAGCUUGUGUAUGAUUUAUUUAGUCAUUUGUGUCUGCACUGUCUGACCUGAAUCUGAUUCUUUUCAGACAGUUUUUAACAGACGGUAGUCUCACAUGUGCAUGUUCUAAACUUUUGAUGGUUUGUAAACUUUUGCUUGGUGCUGGGAAACCCCAGUGACCUUUAAGUGGCAAUGUUGGCUGUUGGUGAUUAAUAAUUGUUCAGGUGAUGCGGAA